CUAGCUCAGAGUGUGAAAAUGUCACCGCCAAUACUCAAAACUGUAAAACACCAUACUUCCCAAAAAAAGAAAAAAAAAGUUUAGUCAAGUAUAUGUAAAUUAGGAAAAAGAUCACUUUUUUAUGUUGAUUUUUGUGUGUUUCUUGAAUUUCUGUCAAAUGGGUAGCUAGGAAACCAAGUUUUAUGAUCUGGGGUUGUCCCAUUUUUGUUUUUCUUGUUGAAAAUCUGAUCUGGGUUCCUGAGCUGCAGCCGUUGGGCUUCAAAGAUUGUUUUUUUUUUUGUUUGGUUUGAGGAGUUUUCAAGAAUGUGGAGGGACCCUGGAGCUCCUGCUGAUUCUUUCUACCAGGUUCGCCCUGAAUGUACAAAUGUUCCCAAAACAAGAUUCAGAAUCAAGGCUGGGAAAACCUUAAGUGCAAGGAAAUGGCGUGCUGCAUUUACAUCAGAAGGUUAUCUUGAUAUUGGCAAAACACUGAGUCGAGUUUAUCGUGGGGGGAUUCAUCCAUCAAUGAGAGGUGAAGUUUGGGAAUUUUUAUUGGGUUGUUAUGAUCCAAAGAGCACAUUUGAAGAACGAGAGCACAUACGACAACGGAGGAGGGUCCAGUAUGCUGUACUGAAAGAAGAAUGCCGCACGAUGUUUCCCAUGAUUGGAAGUGGUAGUUUUAUUACUGCCCCUGUAAUUACGGAAAACGGUGACCCUAUUGUAGAUCCUAUUACUCUCCAAGAGGCACAAGCAGCAAAAGAAUUAAAUUCAGGUGGUCAACAAAACAGUAAUCCUGGAUGUGAAAUGGUAAAGGAGCAUGACAAAAGAAUAAUCCAGUGGAAACUCUCAUUACACCAGAUAGGACUCGAUGUUGUUCGGACCGACAGGACACUUGUCUUUUAUGAGAAACAGGAGAAUCUAUCCAAGCUUUGGGAUAUUCUGUCUGUUUAUGCUUGGUUUGACAAAGAUAUCAAUUAUUGUCAAGGAAUGAGCGAUCUCUGUUCUCCCAUGAUUCUUCUUCUUGAUGAUGAAGCCGAUGCAUUUUGGUGCUUUGAACGCCUAAUGAGGAGACUGAGAGGAAAUUUCAGAUGCACCGAGAGGUCUGUCGGAGUAGAGGCACAGCUGAGUAAUCUAGCUUCAGUAACACAAGUUAUUGAUCCUAAACUUCAUCACCACUUAGAGACAUUAGGUGGAGGUGAUUACCUAUUUGCUAUCCGGAUGCUCAUGGUUUUGUUCCGUCGAGAAUUCUCUUUUGCUGAUUCGUUAUAUCUUUGGGAGAUGAUGUGGGCCUUGGAAUACGAUCCCGACUUGUUUCUUAUGUAUGAAGACCCUGACUUAGCUGCUGCAAAAUCUGAAGGAUCUAAAGGAAGAACAAAAUCGACACGCCAGUGUGGGAAGUUUGAGAGAGAAAAUCUGAAAAAUCGAAGCAAAGGUGCUGAAGCUCCCCUCCCAAUUUCCGUUUUCCUAGUAGCCAGUGUCCUUAAAGACAAGAGCACAAAGUUGCUUACAGAAGCUAAAGGACUAGACGACGUUGUUCAGAUACUGAAUGACAUGACCGGGAACCUGGACGCGAAGAAGGCUUGCACUAGUGCAAUGAAACUUCACAAGAAAUAUCUUAAAAAGGCAGCCAAUGCCAACAUGUAACAAAACACAAAAGCCAAAGCAGGCGCGCUACGCAAUUCAAUAAGCCAUG